CCCAGUUUCUCAUUUCUCAACAAAAACCUACAAGAACCCUAAGUGCCUGUUGGCGGGUGGCGGCACCGCUCACUCUAUCUAGCUGCCAAAGAUUUGUUGUUCAUUCUUAGUUCCCACUACAUAGGGUGCGAAGAUGACAAAGAAGAAGGAGAAGAAAGUGAAUGUAUCCGGAAAGCCAAAACACUCGCUGGAUGCGAAUAGGAGCAAUGACAAAAAGAGCUCUUCAAAUUCGCGUAGCGCCGCCACAGUGCGGCGGCUUAAUAUGUACAAUACCAGACCCGUGCGUGAUCGUAAAGGGAAAAUCUUGAAGAACGAGUUUCAGUCAAAGGACUUGCCAAGUACGCGAAUUCAACCUGACCGCCGAUGGUUUGGAAACACGCGGGUCGUAAAUCAAAAGGAGCUUGAAUUUUUCCGGGAGGAGCUUCAAAAUCGCAUGUCAAGUAAUUACAAUGUUAUAUUGAAAGGAAAGAACCUGCCCAUGUCUCUCCUCAACGAUCACCAAAAGCAAGCAAGAGUUCACCUUCUUGAUAGAGAGCCUUUUAUGGAUGCAUUUGGACCUAAGACAAAAAGGAAGCGUCCUAACCUCUUGGCAGCAGAUUAUGAAUCCCUAGUUAAGAAAGCUGAUGGUUCUCAAGAGGCUUUUGAACAGAAGUAUGGUGCUAUUGUAUCAGCAGAACGUAACCAUGAUGGUGGAUUUAGGGAUCUAGUGCGGCAUACAAUGUUUGAAAAAGGUCAAAGUAAACGUAUAUGGGGUGAACUCUACAAAGUCAUAGAUUCUUCUGAUGUUGUUGUCCAGGUUUUAGAUGCAAGGGACCCGCAAGGCACAAGGUGUUACCACUUAGAGAAGCAUUUAAAGGAAAAUUGCAAGCACAAGCACAUGGUUUUCUUGCUAAACAAGUGUGAUCUAGUUCCUGCUUGGGCAACAAAGGGGUGGCUUAGGAUUUUGUCAAGAGAAUAUCCAACUCUAGCCUUCCAUGCAAGUGUUAACAAGUCCUUUGGGAAGGGCUCACUUCUGUCGGUUUUGAGACAAUUUGCCCGAUUAAAAAGUGACAAGCAAGCAAUUUCUGUGGGAUUCAUUGGUUAUCCAAAUGUUGGGAAGUCUUCAGUGAUCAACACAUUACGUACAAAGAAUGUCUGCAAGGUUGCUCCAAUUCCAGGGGAAACAAAAGUCUGGCAGUAUAUAACUCUUACGAAGAGAAUCUUUUUGAUUGACUGCCCAGGUGUUGUUUAUCACAACAAUGACUCUGAAACAGAUAUUGUGCUGAAGGGUGUGGUGCGUGUGACAAACCUGCAAGAUGCUUCAGAACAUAUUGGUGAAGUUUUAAAACGUGUGAAGAAGGAGCAUUUGGAAAGAGCAUAUAAGAUAAAGAAGUGGGAUGAUGAGAAUGACUUCCUAGUUCAGCUCAGCAAAGCCACUGGAAAACUCUUGAAGGGUGGUGAACCUGACCUGAUGACUGCAGCUAAGAUGGUCCUUCAUGACUGGCAGAGGGGCAGGAUACCCUUUUUCGUUUCCCCACCACGGACGGAUGACUCAUCUGAGGAGAAACCCAAUGUUAAUGGCGUAGAUGUUGAUGCUGGCGUCAACAGCAAUCAGGCAUCUGCAGCUUUUGAAGCCAUAGCAAAUAUUCUUUCAUCUCAGCAGAAAAGAAGUGUACCUGUUCAGAGGGAUUUAUUUAGCGAGAACGAGUUGGAGGAAGAGACUGCGGAACAACUUCCCAACACUCUGGACAACACACAUGAAGAGAUUUCAACUCCUAAUAGUGACUCGUCUGAGCAAAGUCCAGUUCAGCUGGGAUUGAAUGCUGAUGAGUAGGUUCUUACUGGCGAAUCAUAAAAUCUGCAUAUCUUUCGUCGGUGUUUUUGGCCCACCUUUUUGUCAAGAGUUGACAGAGUGCAUUCUUAAAUCGUCCGAGGCAAUUAAACUUGGGUGGUGCGUCUGCCUCUUGCAUAUGCCUUUCAAUUACAUCGCAUUUGCACGAGGCAUUCUGAGGUGCGAGCUCAGUUUUGGUCAUAUAAAUGAAGCUUCAUUCCUGGUAUAUCAAGAACGAAGUAAAUUAACAUAGGGUUUUGAGAUUUCCUAUUUCUUACCUCUUGAGCUGAGAUUGUGUUUGCUGCUAGUUAGGGCAGUGAGAGUUAAGUAGAUGUAAGAUGAUAGUUAAUCCUAGUCUUCAUUUUCUGAAACAUAAAAUAAUGGUCUCAAAUUGAUUUUGGUGUGAUUAGUGUGUGAAAAAAUUGAAUAUUAUGUUAUAUGAUGUUUAUGCUUUCAGAGGAAGAUCAAUAUAUAGAUCAAUUUAUCCUUUUAUACUAAA